CCUCGUCCCUCAAGAGACUCAGAGUUAGGGAAAUCGGAGGCAGAGAAGCGGAAAUAAAUGGAAGGAGAAGAAGAGGUAAAAAGCGGAAAUGGAGGUGGCGUGAUCCAGACAUGGUUGAAUCGACACCAUCUGCUAUACACUAAGGCCACCAAACACCCUUUCAUCCUCAGUAUCAGAGAUGGAACGAUCGAUAUCUCCUCCUUCAAGCGAUGGCUGGGACAGGAUUCUAUAUUUGUCAGGGAAUUCAUCCCUUUCGUAGCUAGUGUUCUUCUUAAGGCUUGGAGGGAGUCAGAAGACGGCUUGGACAUUGAAGUAAUACUAGGUGGCAUGGCUUCUCUGAAUGAUGAGAUUUCAUGGUUCAAGAAGGAAGGUUCAAAGUGGGAUGUUCUGAUAUCUGGAAUUUCACCUCAAAAAGCAAACCAAGAUUACUGCAGUUUUUUAGAAAGCUUGAUGGGCUCAGAGGUUGGAUAUACGGUGGCUAUCACAGCAUUUUGGGCCAUUGAAGCUGUUUACCAAGAGAGUUUCUCUCUCUGCCUGCAAGAUGGAACCAAGACUCCUGCAGAGCUGAUGGAUACUUGUCAGAGAUGGGGAAACAACAGUUUUGGGCAAUAUUGCCAAUCUCUGCAGAGAAUUGCUAGUAGACGUCUUGAGAAGGCAUCAGAGGAUAUUCUGAGAAAAGCUGAGGAAGCUUUCGUAUAUGUUCUUGACCAUGAAGUUGGGUUCUGGAACAUGAGUUAUGGUGAAUUAUGAUGGGUAGCUACCAAUCUAUGUUAAUUCUCGUUUGGAUGUUCUCUGAGACAUCAAAACUAUGAUUUCUGGCUUGCAGUCUUAAUGUUCUAGGAGAUCAAUGUUUUACAUGAAUAUGUUAGAUAGAAAAAUAGUUUGUGUAUGGAUUUUUAAAAAAAAUGAAAGUUUGUGUAUGGAGUUGUAUUAAACUGAAAACAGUCAAAUAAAGAAAAAGAAAUUUAGUAUUUGUAGUCA